GAAAUGUCAUUCCUUGUUCAGGCUGGUUAGCAUGAUCCUUGUGUGCUCUGGGCAAGGGGGUGCAUGGGUGAAACAUGGCUGCCGUAGACCCUUCGGAGUCUCCAAAGCGACAGAAAUCCUCUGCAGAGGAGGUGGAAACAUCUGGGGAGAAGUCCGAGGCGGGUGUGUUGGGAUGCAGCUCGAACCAGAAAGGUGAAACAUGUAAUAAAGCCGCGGAGAUCCCCGACGAUGAGCAGAGACCUAGUGUUGGCAACGACUGCGGUUGUAAUGCCAGCCAUUCUGAGGUUAGUGUCGAGUCCGGUGCUGGAGCCGACAAAACGACAUGUACUUCACCGGAGGACCUAACAUCGGCCGAAAAAAUGGCAGAGGCUUCUGGCGACGUACUACGGGCUUUCGACUGGUCCGAAACUGAAAACGACGAUGAAGAGGCGAAAACACAGAAGAGGGAGAAUGAAAAGUGUGACCGCAAUAAUGUUACAAAGAGUGUUAAAGAAGUGCAGCAGGAGUCCCAUGGUUGUGACAGCAUUAUUGCUGAUGCAGAGGGCAUCCACGAGGAGGAAAACUCGCAUCCUGAGGAGAAGAGUGCAGAAAAGGAAAAGGCUGAGGGCCUGGUGGGAGACAUAGAUGGGACAGAGGAGGGGGGUGAAGAUGAUGAAGAGGCAGACCGAGGGGAGGAUGCUGAUUUGACAGCUAAGCCAAAAAAGUGUCGUUUGGUGUGCAAGGAGUGCGGAAAGAGGUUCAACCGCCGCGAGACGUUCAACCUUCACCGCCACUUUCAUGCACAUGAGGAUGAGCUCACACCUCUCACCUGCAAAGAGUGCGGCCUUACCUUUCAGCACCGCAGCAGCCUCAUUAAACACAGAAAUGAACAUAAAGAGAAGGAGGAGCAACUUGUAACUCCAAAGAAGGAAGUCCAAACAAAGGAUGAGGGUAGUUUUCAGUGUGCAGAAUGUGAGAGGACCUUCUCUACAGUGGAUAAGCUGAGGGACCACAACUGCAGCAAUACAGUAGAAAAGCCUUACCAUUGCCCUCUGUGCCGCCAGGAGUUCCAUUCUAGAGUUUCUGUCUCUAGGCAUGUGAUGACCCACUCCCUGGAGAACAUCUUUACAUGCCAAGAGUGCAAUCAGGCUUUCACAAACACCACAGCCCUCCACUACCACCAGCGAUGUCACGCCGCUCUCAAACCCUAUGAAUGCCCAGAGUGUGGCAUGGUUUUCAAACACUACUCUGUCAUGGAAAAUCACCGUCGCAAGCACACAGACAACACGCGUGCUCACCUGUGCAACAUCUGUGGUAAGACCUUCAAGUAUAGUAGUCUCCUCCAUCAGCAUCAGUAUCUGCACACAGGCCAGAAGCCUUUCCGCUGCCCUGAAUGUGGUAAAAAAUUUGCCUUUGCGCAGAACAUGAAGGCACACUGCCGCCAGCAUAGACUGCAUGUAAACAACUCCUCCAUUGAGCAGCCCAGCAAGCAGGCCCCUGUUUCUGCACAGGAGGCAGUUAGAGGGCCAGGAAAAGAGAAUACAUACCAGAGCGCAGAACCGAGACGCACAUUCAACUGCCCCCUUUGUCCCCAGACCUACUGCACACCAGCUAACCUGAGGGCCCACAUGCUUAUUCAUGAGGCCGAGUAUGAGAAGCUGGAGAGAACACCCAGAUCCCCGAGGGACAUUCAGAAACAGUGGGACAAAGGACACAGCUGUCCACAUUGCCCGAGUAUUUUUCGUGAUGAAUCUAGUUUAAAGGUACAUCUAUUAAGUGUCCACAAGUCUGUAGCGCAAUACUUAGAAAGAGUGGCAGCACCACCAAAAAAGCAGUUCAAUCCAUUAAGCAGUGAUUAUUUACAGGGGAAAUGGAGAAGUGAUAGCAUAAGCAUUAAGUCAUACAAGUGUUCUGAGUGUGGAAAAACGUUCCGCCAUCGAUCAGUGUUAGAGCUACAUAUGCGUAUACAUUCCAAGGAUAAGCCUUACCAGUGCAAAGUGUGUGGCAAGGGCUUUCGAUUCAGUAGCUACUUACAGCAGCAUCUCAUCAUUCAUACAGGCAAGAAGCCAUACAAAUGUCCUGACUGUGGAAAGGACUUUGCCUUCCUGCAGAACAUGAAAACACACCAGAAGCUGCAUCAGGAGAGACCGUUCCGCUGCACAAGCUGCCGCAAAGGCUACAGUGAUGAGAUCCAACUGCAGCACCAUAUGUUGUCACACAAUGGUGACAAACCUCACAAGUGUGAUCUGUGUGACAAGAGCUUUGGAUUAGCUUAUCUGCUCCGUGAUCACAUGAACACACACACAGGAGAGAGACCUCAUCGCUGUGAUGAGUGUCACAAAACCUUCUCCUGGUUUAGCAGCCUGCUAGUACACCAGAAAAUUCAUGCUCGGAAGCGCCAAGGUUACAGCCAGUAUACUUGUUUCCCAAUUGCUGCUAGGAUGAGAGGCAGGGGGACCAGAGGGAGGAGGGCGGGGAAGCUCAUGUGGGGCUGGUCUAGACCAUUAGGAGGCUCAGGGAUGGUUAACUCUCAGUCAUUGCCAUUCUCAGUUUCUGUGCUGAGGGAGGCUGAGCUGCACAGAAGGCCAGUCCACCCGCAGUCUUCCAUGCUCCCGUCUCGCGUGGAUUUACAAAGCAGGCAGCAGCAGGAACCGUGGAUGUCCGAGCUACAUCCUCAGCCGGUGCAGUGGAAGGUGGACGGUGGGGAGGUAAUGCCUGCCCCAUCGUCACAGCAGCAACAUGCAGCCCCGCAGCAGGCAAAGUUUGACAGCCUGCCACAGCCAGGCCUACAGCAGCACCAUCACAGAAGUCCAAGCUGGGCAGACAGCCCUUUGCUAGCUCAGUCAGGCCCCACAUCUGCUCAGAGUUUAGAGUCAUCUCACAUGAAGGAGAGUGCAGCUUGUAUGAUCAGCUCCCACUUGGCAUCUGUGCCCAAAAAAUCCAGUCCAUUAGCAGGGAGUGAGAUGGAGCAGCACAGACAGCCCAAGGCUAUUACAUGGAGUAGCACCCCCACAUCCACUGUGCUGGCUUCCACAAGCUCUCUGCAGCGUGAUUUUUCCAUUCCCCCAUCAUACAUUGAUGGAGCAGCUCUGUGGAGCAUCAGACCCACUUCACUAGCAAAUUCACAGAGCUCUCCAAAUAAGCUUGGUCAAGAGCUACAGCUGCCGAGAUGGCCAGGUGCCCCAGUGUCAGCACAAAAGGAGCCAUCCACACCGCCCAAAAAAGAGGACAGUAGAAUGUGGGACAUGAGUAAUCCUCAAGUAAUACCGUCGACUGUUAGCCAGCCGGAGAAGCCAUGGAACGGCUGUGAGCCACAAAAGCAGUGGGCUCCAGGCUUAGGGGGUGCAUCCACCUCAACACAAAUAGACCAAAGCAGUGCUAUGCCAAUUUCAACUCCUGUUUCUCACGGCGUAGGUAGCACCUUGUGGGACAUACAGACACCACCAGGAAUUCCAAAGACUAUAAACACCCCUGAGAAAAUGGUAAAGAAUCAAGAUUUUCAGCUACAGCAAAAGCAGGUGUCAUCUAGCUGGGCCAGUGUACAGAGUCAGACAGCGACACAGAAGGUUCCCAUCUCCAUUCAGUACGACCCUCAUCGUUUUAGCCAGGGGAUGGGAACGCCAGUAUGGGGCUUCCAAAGUAAUCCAGUGGGUCCUCAAACGUUGCUUACUGGUCAGCUCAAACCAGGGAAUGGACAGGAGCUGCAGCAACAGCCAAUGGUAACAGGCACUCAAAUAAUCAUAAAUCAGCCUUCUCCAUUUUUCUCACCUCCACUUGCUCCACUCCCUCCUCUUCCUUUGCCUGGCCCUCACUCUCUUCACUCUGUCGCAGUUGGUGCACUUCCAAGACCUCCACACCCAAAUAUUUUUUUCACACCACAGGCAGUCAUGAGUGAGAGGUCACACAUGCCACAGACCCUGCCCCUACCUCAGCUUGCCCCACGGACUGAACCUCACAAACUUGGACCCCGUUUGCCUUUUGCUCCCGAACGGCUUCUCCAGUGCAUGAUAUGCGGGUGCUCUCUUCCUCGAGAGCUGGACCUACAAAUGCAUUACUUGCAACAUGCACAAGGAGAGAUUUAACAUUUCUACACUAGCAACAAUAAUUAUGUUUUUUAUCUAAUUUUUAUUUAGUGGAACCUCAUUUGUUUGACCCUCAGUUGUGCAGUUUGACCAGUUGAGUAGAUGGGCAUUAGAAAUAAAUGCAUAAAAGUGAAAUUUGCACACUUGAUCCACAUUUGAUUUUAUGUCUUUCAGCUCCAAAUUAGACUGCACAGUGUUGUUUGAAAUGGUGUACACAUGUGCCAUUAAAUUAGUUUCACUCUUUUUUUUUAAGUUAUCCAAAUACUUACCUGGCUUAAAUACUCUCUGAGGGGGAAGCACGUUAAUGAGGUUUUGUGGUCGACAUUUCAUUUAUUGCCAAUAACAUUUAGAUUUAGAUAAUAUUAGUACUUUUAUAGUUCUGUUCAUAUGUCCUGAACCAUUUGAACUGUGUUUCUUCAUGUAUAGUAUACUGUGUGCCUUUUCUGAGUAGUCUGCAUGUCUGCUGUCUUGGUAUUCUAGGCCUAGUUUGUGCUUAAAGUAGACUCAACAAUGUGACCUCACUCCCAAAACACAGAGCAACUCUUUCUAAGUUACUGUAAAGAAAUGUAUGUUUUUGCUUUCUUUGGGCGAGGGGGGUUCACAGAUUACAUAUUUCAGAAUAUACAAUGAAAGGUUGAGUACAUAAAGUAUACUCCUGUUAGAAAACACUUGUAUUCACAGGGCCAUUGGCUGGGUCCAUAUAUCUCAUAACUAAAGUUCUCAUUAUACAGUCAAAGUGAAAGUAUCUGUAAACAAAAUGUGAUGGUCACACGUAAAGGUAAUUUCAAAACGCAUUUUCUGUAAAUUGAACAUCGACUGACUAUUGGGAACUGGGAGAAAGUAGUGUCAUUACACAAUUGUUGCUGGCACUUGUCAAAAUGAAUUUAGUGAUAAAUUUAUAUUUAUGCAAUGUUUUGUCAUUAAUGUUUUUAGAAUGAUGAGGCAAAUAUGAAAUCAAUUAUCUAAAAUAUGUUUUGCUCUAAUCUGUCAAAUUUAGCUAAUGUUUGGCAAUGUGCCAUGAAUGAUACACUGCACAAUUAGGCUUUAAAAAAGAUUGUGGUUGGUAGUACUUAACAUCUACUGUAAAAUUAAGUCCACUUUUGAGUCAAUGUAUUAUUUGUGAAUAUUUCACCAACUGUAGAUUUAGCUGAGCACAGAAUCCCAUCUCCUUUGUUAUGAAAAUGGGCAUAGAGUGGCUUUGGUUGCCCAAUAAAUGACUGAAAUUUUUCAUUAAUACUGUAAAAUAAACACAAGGUCCAUUUGUGGG